CCAUCGCCGUCGCCGUCGCUGUCUAAAAAUACCUACCGAUCUCCGACUAGGUGUCCACCAUGGCUUCUCCCGCGCACCCAUCAACCCACCGCCCGCGAUUCUGCUUCCGGCGGCCUCUCCGCGCGCCGCCGCCGCCGCGGCUGCCUCUUCCCUCUUUCUACUCCCGCCGUCCCUCGGAAGUCCAGGUGUCCCAAUUCAGAAGCAUAACCUCAAGAACUGCACGAAGGCGUAAUCCGGUUCAAAUUAUUACUACAGCAUUCGAUGAUGAUCCUGGGGACUUCUCGUUGGCACAUGAUGAUGGAGAGGAGGAUUUUGGUGUUGUUCCAUAUUCAAGUGAGAGUGAGUGGAGUGAUGAGGAUGUUGUGUUGAUCGCAUUCGGGGAUGUUGAGUUACCGGUGACUGGCAAGAGCCGGGCUGAGGGAGCGUUGACUGUUGUUGCCCAUAGGUUCGCCACAAUUGACAAAGGGCAUAAGAAGAGCAAAACUCAACAAGGGCUGAUGAAUAAUGUUGGACUGGUUGCUUUCUUAGCAAUGUUACUUUUAUUUGUCGACUGGUGUUCUUGGAAGAUUGUUAGACUACCCCUGGACUCUUUUUACUUGACACGCCCUUUUUUAAUAUCAGCAGUUUUAUCAGCACUUGCUGGAUUUCUAUUUGCACCAGUCGCUGAUAGCUUGAAGAUCCAACAUUUCCGGAGGAGAGGAAAAUCUGUUUCUCCCUCAAGUAGAAAGCCAACCCCAGCAAUGGGAGGAUUGUUCUUUGUUCCUAUUGGUAUUUUUGUUGCAAGAAGAGAGGUUGGUUCCAACUCAAAUGGAGUUAAUGGAGCAGCUAUGAUUACCCUCAUAUUUGCGAUGCUUGGGUUGCUUGAUGAUAUCUCAAGUCUUGCCACAGAUCGCAAUCGUAAAAUACCACAAUGGAUAAGGUUCUUGGUUCAGAUUGUCGCUGGGACUUACUUCUCUAUCUGGUUGGGUUCUGCAGAUAUUUUGACACCAUAUAGCAUGAAAUUUUUGGUUCCUCUGCCUCCACCUCUUGGCCUUGCAUUCAUGGGAAAAGUUUAUUUGGUUCUGGCUGCUACAUGUUCUCUUUCCAUGGGAACAGCAGUAACACUGGUUGAUGGUCUUGAUGGCUUGGCUGGCGGUAUUGCUGCUUUAGCACUCAUAGGACUGUCUGUUGCUGCUCUCCCAAUCUGCUCUGAGCUCAGUGUUUUUGGAGCAUCGAUGUCAGGUGCUUGCACUGGCUUUCUUUUUCAUAACAGAUACAGAGCCUCAAUAGUCAUGAGCCGGGUCGGUUCCUUUGCACUCGGAGGAGCAGUUGCUGCAAUUGCAGCAUGCAGUGGAAUGUUCCUUCCAAUGUUAAUUGCGUGCAGUAUCUUCUUUCUUGAGCUACUGUUUGCAACGCUGCAGGUUCCUUUCCGUAUGGCUACAAAUUCUUUCCGUGGAACAAAAAUAUAUCCGCUGCGAAUUCGUCCCUCACAUUACUACCUCAGGCUGUGGGGCAUAAAGGAACCUUAUAUUGUGGCAGGUGCAUACAUGAUAUCAUGCUUCCUAACUCUGGUGGCAGGAUACCUUGGCCUUCUUUCAGCAUAGAUGAUGGCUCAGUUGCCAUUCUUUUAUUGUUUCCUGUUUCAGUUGUGUGAUACAAUAUAUGGUUUACACGAAUGCCAAUUCUUUUAUUUUUUGCCAAGGCUGUGGUUCAUUGAUAUAACUGGAUAACUGAUAUACUAGAGGAGAAUUAUAGACAUAGAGUGAGGCUUGUAGGAUCGUCAAAAAGGAGCCGUGCAGUGACGCCUUUUGUGUUGUCUUACUUGAAUGUAACUGUUUUUCGAGAAAGGGAACAAAAUGUAACUUGUCUGUUAGCUUAAUUAAUAUUGUUACAGAAGAUUUUUUUUUUCC